AUGACAAAUCUGAAGAAGCAAAAGGUAACAGAGGAAGAAGCACCACAAGGAAUCAGUAAGUUGCCGGAUCUACUGCUCCUUCAAAUUCUCUCACUUCUCCCAACAAAGGAUGCAUUUAGAACUUGUCUAGUUUCUCCAACGUGGCGGCGUCUCCCUACUUUAAUUGAUAGCUUCAAUUUCACUUGUUCAACUGACCGGGAAAGAGAAGAUUUCUCCUUUAUUCAAAAUGCAUUAGCACAUUCCCUCUCUUCCAAAAUUAUAAAGUUCAAACUUGACUUAACUGACUUGAGUCUAUCAGACUGCAGUUUCAGGCCUGAGUAUGAAACCCUAAUCAGUCGUUGUUUUAGUUUUGCUGUUGAAAGAGAAGUGGAAAAUGUUCUGUUGUGGUCUCAGUAUAGUAAUGGGUGCACAUUGCCUGAAUCUCUCUGCACAUGUUCGUCCUUGAUAACUUUAGAUGUUAAACAUUGUGGCUUUAAUAACGCGGUCAUAUCGUGGAACUCUCUAAAGAGUAUAAAAUUGGGGCAUUUGAUGCUAACCGAUGAUGAAAUGGUGAAAUUAUUGUUAGGCUGUCCUGCAUUGGAAACAAUGGAAUUAUAUAGCUAUACUGGUUUCCAUCACCUGGAAAUUAAUUCCCUAAAAUUGAAGACACUUAAGUUGAAAGAUUAUGUUCGGAGUGAUGGAAAUGGAGAUGACUUAGAAAUUCUUGCCCCGUAUAUUCAGCAUUUGGAAAUAUCAGGAGAAGAUCUCAAGUGUAGGCUUGUUGAUGUAUCUUCGGUAGUGAAUGCUAAGCUCAUUUACAGCUUUUCCUGUAUCAAAGGCAUUCCAAGUACUUAUGUGGAAGAUUGCUGCCGUGACUAUCAUCAAGUAGUAUAUACCCUCGUCCAAGAUAAUCUUCAAAAGUUUGUCUUUAACUCGAAAAUCCUUACAAUUAGAUUUGUCAAAGUACUAUCUGUCUGUUGUGAAGUACUUCCCUUGUUUCACAACCUCAAGAAGGUUAAGAUUGUCAUCUCCUCAGAUGCGUGCUGGAAAGAUCAUGUCAAAAGGGGCUUUGAAAAGGUUACCAAACUUUCAGAAUAUCUGUUAUUGAAUGCACCGGUUGUCCAAGAUCGUCCACCAAUGCUGCGAUUAACUUCCAGGAGUGAGCUUUGCAUGAGUUCACUGCUAGUAGUUUCCUGUCUCAAGAUAUUAGAAAUAAAUGGAUUUUGUGUGUCUAUUUCUUACCUAGUUCUAUACUUCAGAAUUCUCUGA